UUUAGCGAACUUAUGGCGGAAAGGAAGCCAUGGAAGACGUCGAGCAUUGUUGCCAUUGCAGUAUUCAUAUUUGCCAUUGUAAUUGCAACAGCUGUAGUCUUCUCGUUAUGUGUGAACAAAAAGAAGCCAGAAGGUGAGUUCUAUUCUGAUCUCAUCAGACAGACAGGUACAUGUUGUUGGGAAACCAACGUGUUUGCGACAACAAACGACCCCUUCUACAAAUGGGCCACAAGCACCUCCAUUGCAUCGGCACUCGUGUUGGAUGGAGCUAAAAAUUCUACCGGUAUUAGCAUGACGGAGGUUGCUGCUGCUUAUCAAAAGCUCAGUGCAUGGCGGGUUUGGAGAAGCAACAACAAAACUGUAGAAGCUGAUCUUUUCAACUCGCCUGAUCCACACGUGUAUGGAGGAGUCAUUUGCCAGCAUGGUACUAAUCUGAUCUGGAAAAUGGCGAUUCACUGGGGGAUAAGUUUACGGCUGUGCAUCAAUCCAGGACAUCUGUCUGCUGUCAAACGCUGCAAGGUCACUGCACCUAUAGUCGCAGUGAACAAAACCAGCGGUAAGCCGGAUCUUGGCUUACUUCUCAGUAAAGUACCUUUCGCAAUGCCAUCUUCCAACCUCACGCAUCCAGUUUUCACCAAGACUGGAUUUUAUUUCAGCAACUUUGCUAGCAGUGCGAGGUCCAACAUAUCCACGGGGAUUAGCCAGGAAAAAAUUCCCUAUAACGACUCGACAUGGUCUUACUACAGCAAUGAUAUUAGAGAAUGCAGCCCAUCUGUUCCCAUCAAUUACAUGACGGAUGUUAUUUCUUACUUGUCUUAUCCAUUCUUACAGUGUGCCUGCCGUCACCAAGUUUGCAUAAUUGGAUACAACUUGACGCAAGGCCAAAAUGUUUCCUUCACCUUCAACACUUCUCAGUGUGAGACAUCUCGAUCAUUUUGGGACUGGGAUGUUAUCCAAGAUGAACAUACCAUCUUUCUUGGAUCUUACAGCAUCAAAUUUAACCUCCCGGUGACAUUCAAAAUUCAAUUUAAUGACUCUCUUCCCAGUGGCGCCAGCCUUGCCAACCUCACAGAAGGUGUGCUGAGUAGGAUGGAGCAGAUGACAACAUGCAUUGAGACAACGUUAGAAGGAGACCAAAAGCCAAAUGCCACAAUUCUAAUGAAUGCUUGUACAAAAAACGUGACGGGUUGCCAAGUUGUGGAUGUCACCGGCAAGUCUUCUGGUAUGGAAGAUGACAAGGUGGGUAGCACUGUCAUCAAAGAUUUUCUGUUGAAGAAGAAACAAGGAAGGGACAUCACCUGCGGGAAUGAAGAAUUCAAGGUGGAUUCACCACCGUGUUUCAAAAAAUUGUUUCUAGACGACAACAACAAAGUCCAAGAAGUUCUCAAUGACUUGUUGAAAGUGAGCAACCUUCAUCGUUUUGGAGAGCGGUAUUGGAAAGAUGGAUCUUCUCGUCGAACACAAGUUUAUGCGUCUUUUAUGACAUUUGUCAUUGCAUUCCUGGGAAUUUGUGCUGGCUCCUUGAGCAGGACACUCUUAGAGUGGGAAGAUUCAUUGUUUCGCCAACUCCAUCAACUUAAGUUGGCCGGUAAGCCAGCCUACCGUCCACUAAUCAGAACUUUGGGGCGGACAGUGUUCAUUGCUGGUUCAGUGGCAGGAAGCUUGCCAGGUCUCUACUUCAGCAUAAAUGACCUCGAGAAGGAACCUUCCCUUGCCACUGCUGAGACAAUAUUCCAGCUCAAUAAUGACACAGCAUUCCUAGUGACAACGACAUCCACAGUUGAAGUUACUCCAAACUGGAUAGUCUUCCAAGAGUUCACUGUGUUUAUUGGAUUAGCAGUGGUUGCACUAGCCAUCCUCAUCUACUUCAAAUUAGAGAAAAUACGUCAGCAACAUGAUGAGAAAGAUGUUCAGCAACAAGGGGAUUCUCCAGACAAAAAAGCAUAGCUCGCUUCGUGUUUCCGCUUUGAUUUUCUAGUCUAGCUGUCCCAGGGGCCAGCCAGCUUUUCCGUGCAUUCUUUAACUUCUUUUAUGUAAGAAAUAUGUUAAUUAAAAAACCAAGUAUGACAAAUUAGGGUUU